AUGGACGACCUAAUCGCCACCCUCUCGGGAGGCAUGCACGUCUCGCAGGAAAGCUACGACCUUGAGAGCUUCAAGGCAUCACUGGCACGCACCCUCGUUGUCCCAGUUUCCCCCUCUGCUUCAUCUGGCACUGGCGGCUCGCUCCCCCGCACCCGCCCAGCCUCCAUGCACAUCCCCUUCACCAUGGACGGCCUGUACGCGCAGCCCCCGCCCUCGCCGUCGUCGCAGUGCAGCCAGCUGUCGCAGUUUCCCUUUGAGGAGGCCGCUUCGCCCGCUUCGUCCCCGCCAGCCUACUCGUACGAGUACGACAUGGACGACGACGCGGCUCUGAACGCUGCGUUCGCCGGCGACGCGUUCGCACCCAUGUGGGAGCAGCCCGCUGCCCCCGUCGCUGCCGACCCGUGGGGCGCGUUCAACGCCGAGAAGCACGCCGCUGCAUGGGGCAGCGUGCCCACCCAGUCGGUCUCGGUCUCGCUCCCCGAGGCCAACCAGUUUGCUCUGCACCACCACCAGCAACAGCAGCUCCAGUACCAGCAGUACCACCACCAGCAGCAGCAGUAUUACGAGGACGAGGGCAUGGACGAGGACGCGGCCGAGGCCGUCCUCGACGAGGAGGAGGCCCUCAACGGCGGCUACGUCCGCGCGUGGUAA